AUGCCUUCAGCGCAAGUACCAGAGCUGCCGGCCCUCGGUGUCAAUGCCGACCGGCUAGCGUCAUCUCUUCACGAGAGCUGCCAGUAUGGUGCAGACCAUCGUUAUGGAAAACUUUCUACAGAGACUGGUAUGGCGAGACUCAGUCUUGACGACUCGGACAAAGCAGUGCGGGACUGGUUCCUCAGCAAAGCCAAGUCGCUUGGCUGUCGCACAUCGAUUGACGAAAUGGGUAAUCUGUUCGCAGUCCGCCCGGGUAAGAAUCCAGAGGCUCCCCCAAUCAUGAUGGGUUCGCACCUGGAUACCCAGCCAACCGGCGGUCGUUACGACGGCAUCCUGGGCGUACUGGCAGGCCUCGAGGUCCUGGAAGUAUUGGAGGAGAAUAAAAUGCAAACUGAUGGAAGCAUCGGUGUUGUGAACUGGACAAACGAAGAAGGUGCUCGCUUCCCGAAGAUGGCCGUCUCGUCGGGCGUAUGGGCUGGCGCUAUCCCCAUUGAAGACGCCUGGAACCUCGAAGAGGUGACACCCCACGAGGGCAAAGCAAAGAAUAUGCUGCAAGAGCUGGAAAGAAUAGGAUACCGGGGCGAGGCACCUGCAUCCUACAAGUCAAAUCCUUUCGCGGCCCAUUUCGAGCUACACAUCGAACAGGGCCCAAUUUUGGAGGACGAGGGCCGCAAGAUUGGUGUCGUCCAAGGCGUUCAAGCUUUUAAAUGGUUCAAUGUUACUGUUCGUGGAAGAGAUAGCCAUGCUGGAACCACACCACUCUAUGCGCGCAAAGAUUCCGUACUCGUGGCUGCCAAAAUGAUUGUCGCUGCCAAUUCGGUAGCCAAAGCCCAUGAUGGCUUGGCCACGACAGGCAUCUUGCAUGCGGAGCCCGGAACAGUAAACACUAUGGCGCAUACUACAACAUUUAGUCUCGAUUUGCGGCACGUCGGGAAUGAUGUACUUGCGGAGAUGGUCAAAGAGUGCAAAGACGCGUUCCAGUCCAUCGCGCAAGAGACCGAAAAGGGCUGCGAAGUGGACUGGAAGCUUCUCGUCGACAGUCCCGCUGUGGUUUUCCACCAGGACUGCAUUUCUGCCGUUCAGAGUAGCGCAGAGGCUGUAUGCGCGCAACUCCCUGGAGCCUCGUCCAAAAAUCUGUGGAAGCCGAUGAUUAGUGGUGCUGGUCACGACAGCUGCUACACCAAUCUGCGCUGCCCAACGAGCAUGAUCUUUACGCCAACUCGAGAGGGUAUUAGCCACAAUCCAGCAGAGUAUUGUUCGGCAGAGGAUUGUGCACUCGGAGCUAGUGUCUUGCUCGGCGCAGUACUCCGAUAUGACAAGCUGCGCGCCGACAGAGGCGACUUUAAACAUACAUCCUAG